GUGGCCGGCUCUGCCGUGCGGCUGCGGGGAAGCGGCCAGCCGAGGGAGCGGCCAGCCAGCCAGGCAGCGAGCGGACGGCCGGGCGGCAGGCAGGCAGGCAGGCAAGCAAGCAGGGAGGCCGGAGGAGGAAGACGCCCGUCCGUCCCUGCUGGGCGCGGGCAGCCGCCGACGGCUCCUGCUUCUCCCGCCUGCGGGCCGUCGCGGGGCGCCGCCGAUGGGAGCGCCGGCUUCGCCCAAGCGCCGCGGCACCGCCUGCCCGCCCCGCCGCCAGGAGGUGGGGACGACUGAGUCCUGUCCCCAAACGUGACGCCGGCACGAAAGAAUUGCCCAAGAAGCCAAAUGCAUACAGCACCAUGGUUUCCCAGAGCUUCGUCUGCACCUGAGGCCUACUUGCAGGAGCAACUGGACCAUCCAUAGCAGGCUGAAGCAUAGCCGGCCAACGUACAGAAGAUUCCUUGUGUGCAGACGAGGAUGACAGAACGAUGCAGGAGGACAAGGGCAGCCCAAGGAGAGAAGGAGGUCUGAGUCUUUUGUAGGAAAGAGAAACUCCCUUCCUUACUGGAAUGUGCAACUGUUUAUUUUCCCCAUACGAGGGGGCCUUGUGAUCUGCUGCGAUGGUGGCUUGUAAUUGCUGGUGACGCAACCAAAUUCUAUACCCCUGCUGCGAGAGACGGAGCUGCUGGUGGAGGGGCGUUUUGGAGGAACCUUCUCAGCCGCCACCUGGCUGUCCAUCCCCUCCAGACCCAAUUCCUGGAGCUCCUCUUUCGAGAGUCUCAGGUGGCCUCUCCUGCUCGCCUCCGCUGUACCAUGGGAUGUCGGCAAAGUUCAGAGGAAAAAGAGGCAGCGCGGCGGUCCCGAAGAAUUGACCGCCACCUGCGCUCUGAGAGUCAGCGGCAGCGGCGGGAAAUCAAGCUCCUUCUCCUGGGCACCAGCAACUCUGGCAAAAGUACCAUUGUCAAACAAAUGAAAAUCAUUCACAGUGGCGGCUUUAAUUUGGAAGCUUGCAAGGAAUACAAGCCCUUGAUAAUUUACAACGCCAUUGACUCUCUCACCCGCAUCAUCCGCGCCCUGGCAUCCCUGAAGAUCGAGUUCCACAACCCCGACCGCGCCUAUGACGCCGUGCAGCUCUUUGCCUUGACGGGCCCCGCAGAGAGCAAAGGGGAGAUCACCCCAGAGCUGCUGGGGGUCAUGAAGAGGCUGUGGGCCGACCCUGGGGUGCAGGAGUGCUUCCGCCGGUCCAAUGAGUACCACCUGGAGGACAAUGCCGCCUACUACCUGAAUGACCUGGACAGGAUCGCCGCCUUGGACUACAUCCCCACCGUGGAGGACAUCUUGCGCUCCCGGGACAUGACCACGGGGAUUGUGGAGAACAAGUUUACGUUCAAAGAGCUGACUUUCAAAAUGGUGGACGUGGGUGGGCAGAGAUCCGAGCGCAAAAAGUGGAUCCAUUGUUUUGAGGGGGUUACAGCAAUAAUUUUCUGUGUGGAGCUGAGUGGAUAUGACUUGAAGCUGUAUGAAGAUAACCAAACCAGUCGGAUGGCAGAGAGCCUUCGCCUUUUUGACUCCAUUUGCAACAACAACUGGUUUAUCAACACCUCCCUCAUCCUUUUCCUGAAUAAGAAGGAUCUUCUGGCAGAGAAAAUUCGCCGAAUCCCACUAACGGUCUGUUUUCCUGAGUACAAGGGCCAAAAUACGUACGAAGAGGCGGCCGUCUAUAUCCAGCGCCAGUUCGAGGACUUGAAUCGCAACAAGGAGACCAAGGAGAUUUAUUCACAUUUCACUUGUGCUACUGAUACCAGUAAUAUCCAAUUUGUGUUUGAUGCGGUGACAGACGUCAUCAUUCAGAACAACCUCAAAUAUAUUGGCCUUUGCUAAGGAUCCUCUGAGGAAAUGAGCCUGGCUUUGUGUGGCGAUGCAAAAUAGGCAGAUCCCUCCUUUCACAGAGGAAAAAAACAGGGCACGUGUGGAAGAUCCAGUUAUGGAGGGGAGACGCCUGGUGCACGUUCACAGAUCAUCCCUUCAGCUGCCUACACGUUUUCACAAAAAGAAACGGCUUACCGCCUGCACACCUCCCCGCAAAUGGUGAGGUUUUGAACCGAACUGAAAAGUUUUCGCCGUCCCAUCCUCACGGGCUCAUUCUGUGUCAUUUCCUUUCCUGCAGUGGCAGAACCACCCUGUUGUAUCUGUGAUGAGCAGAUUAUUGUCUUUCCUGUCCUAAAAACCAGCUUCCUGUUGGGAAGAAGGCAGAGCCAGCAUGUGGGAAGCAGGAUGUGCUGGGACACCCUUUCCAGAACAGAGGCCUUUCUUGCCUCCCUUCGGGGAUCCAACCUGAUGAUCUCACCCCCACGCACACCCCGGUCAGGUUCCAUGCAGAACACGCUAAGCAGAUCCUAGGUACACGCAUUGUCUUUAUGUAACGGUGUAUCACAAAAUAUUCCGCCUGUGGAAGGACCUGAUGUGUGGGAAUGGUUUAUGGGCUGCCCAUCUGAAUCCUUCAGAUUUUCAGAUUGUGCAGCACGAAGUGAGAAAUGAGUAGAAUUACUGAAUUAAGACCAGGCUAAGUUGUGGUCACUAUUCUACCAGUGAGGAAUUUUAUACGUUGAAAGUUUUUCUUUUCAAUCCUUUUUUUGCCAAAUAAUUGUGUCCUUUCACACAAUCUCUGUAAUAACGAAUGGUUGGAUUUUUCUUUUUGAACACAGGUAUAAGAGGUAUAUGGAUUCUUUUUAAGUUAUUGUUUCGUGUCUGGGUUCCGUGUGGGCCAAUGGAGAGACUGAUUCCUUUGCGCCACAAACAUUCUGAGAAGUAUGGCAGCCUUUGCAACGGCCUUUCCAAACACAGGAGCCAAUGAAACUGUAUAAUAGAGCCUUUUAAGUCUUUUUGGGUGUUUAUUUUUAAAAUGUGUUGUAAUUAUUAGGUGAACAGAUGAGUGAUAUGAACAAUAUUUAAAUGUCUUGAUAUUUAAAUUUUUAAAACUUAGUGGAAUUAAAGAAAUGGAAGUGAUGCAUUUUUCAAUUCUCUAUCAUUGUGUUAAAAUAAUGCUGAAUGGCCUCUUUCUCUGGCAAACGCAUACUUAAGUGGGCCAGAGAAGCCGUUGUGUCUUCACUGGAGAAACCUCACCUGGGGCAUUUGGCCGGUGGUCGCGCAACUCAUCCUCCCCCCCUCUCCCCCCCCGCAUAAGUGUUCUUUCCAAUUCCAGUGCAAGCUAAAUGUGUAAAUAUGUAUUCAAGAAUUGUAAAGCACAUCCAUGCACUCACUGUUUCUUUCUCUCUCUCUCUUUCUCACACUCACUCAUUCACUCACUCACUCGCCUUCCUUCCCCUCCCUCUGUUUCCCAGUUGUAUGAACAUUAGUGGGAAUUCACAGCCAAGGGCUUUAAGAAAAAAUUAGCAGAAAUAAUGUUACAGGCUGUCCACUUUAAGAAAAUAAAUACUCUGAAUGGUCCUAACUGGUUUGUGGUGUGUUCACUAUUGCUUUGAAGCUUUGUGGUUUGGCACAGGUGGGUUUCUUAGGUAUUCCACUUCGGACGAAGCCAGUCGGAGAGCAGCUGGUCCCGCUCUGAGGAGGCAGUUGCGAGAAUCAGACCCCCUUUGAGGCAGCCUGGCUCAGGAUGGGGCCCUUGCAGAGGGGGGCUCCAUGGCC